CUUUCUCCUUUCAGUGCUUUUUGUAAACAAACCGCAGGGCUCUUGAGGAAAAUUGGGAAAAUUGCAGUGGAAAACGUGAAAAAUCCCUGCUAUUUGCACAGCAAUGGAGGAAUCUGUGAAGCUGAGUGUGCACAAGACGAGAAGAUCGAGGAAUGAGAACGUGAGAACGUCAAUUGGCACAUAUUUGAAGCAGAGAAACUACACGUACGACGAUAGAUACCGCAAAUCCAGUCGCUGCUUCACUCAGAGCACCGAUCAACUCCAAAUCACCGGGAAUGUGGAAAAGGAGAUCUUCCGUGGGAAUGCUUUUCUCUAUUCCAAUGUCUUCUGCAUCAAUUCUUCCGUGCAAGUGGAUCAGCAAUUCUCUCGCAUCUCCCUGUUCAUCCAAUCUCUCAGCGGGACCAUCAAGAAUGAGCUGAGGAAUCUCCUGCCACCGCUGCUGUGUCAUCUCUAUAUAGAGAUGCUAAAGGGGCGCGACUGGAAGCCGGCGACGGACUUCCUGAAGAAGAACGCCACAAUUCUGGGAGCCAUCGAGAAUCCCUCUCUGGACAGUAGUCGAGUGAAUGGUGGUGCUGGCCAGGAGGAUAGCUUGCUCACACAGCUGACUGACAAUCACCAGAACAAGAUUGUGUUUGUGAAAGACACAGAAACUUCUGACACGAGUGGAUUCGAUCAGAAGACUCGCAAUAUGUUCAGAAACCUCGUGGAGACACUGUCAGUGGUGACCAGCAAGCAUGACAUCCAAACGGAGCCACUUGUGGCCAGAUUCCGCUCCACAAAGUACAGGAUAACACUCUCCAUUCAGGCUCUGUAUGCUCUCAAGAGAUACCUCUCGAAGUACGGCCACGUUCUCAUCCUGCAGACGCUUCAGGUGUGGUUCCAGAUUGACACGGUGCGGAAGGAGCUGCCACUGAAUGCUCUCGCGGACGAGGAGUUCGAGACGGACGAGGAGGAGGGCGAAUCGAGUGGCAGGGGAAGUGUGAAUGGCUGUGAAAGUGUUCAGCAGCCUCACUUGGCUCCGCUGAACUUUGUGGAAUUGAACACGAGACUGGAGAACAUUCAGAACAGCGAAAAGAUACUGAGCAAGUACCAAUUGCCGGUGAAAGUGAUUGGGAUUCGGGAGAAUGCUAGGGCGUUGGUGUGCGCUUCGCUGGAUUCGGACGGAUGUCAUGUGGCCAGUAGCUCGUAUGACUCGGAGAUUGCUCUGUGGACGAUGCACAACAGCAAUUUCGGUGGUAGGCGGCCGUGGAGGAUGUUCUGUGAGCGACAGUGUCCCUGGAAUCUGGCCAAUGUCGGGGACGAAGUGGAGGAGGAUGAGGAGAGCGCAUGCGAAAGUAGCCGACUGAGUUGCUUGAGGGAGAAUCCCAUCAAUAGAGUGCAGAAUUCCCCUGUUGCCUAUCUCAGGGGACACACCAGGGCGGUGACGGAUGUUGUGUUCUCGCGCUGGAAUCCUCUGGUGCUCAGUGUCUCCCGCGAUUGCACGAUGAGAACGUGGAAGGCCACAGACUAUACAUGUGGUGGGAUCUACAGAGGCCACAACUACCCCAUUUGGUGUGUUUCUGAGAGCUCUAACGGCCUCCUCUUGGCCACCGGCUCUAAGGACACCACAGCGCGACUCUGGGCCACCGAUCGCGAGCAUCCGCUGCAAGUGUACGCCGGCCACACGCAGGACGUGGACGUGAUCGCCUUCCAUCCCAACGGAAACUACCUAGCCACGGGCUCUUCCGAUCUCACCGUGCGACUGUGGUGCGUGACGAGUGGGAAGCUGCUCAGGGUGUUCACGGAGUGCAAACUGCCUCUGCUGAGCAUCGCCUUCAGCCCCGACGGGAAGUACUUGGCCGCUGCUGGCGAAGAGCCCUCCAUUCGGAUAUUCGACCUGGCCGCUGGGGCGCAACUGAUGGAGCUGCCCACGGGCUGUGACGCCACCACCACGACGAAGAGCAUCACGUGGAGCUCAGACAGCCGGAAGCUGGCCUCCGCCGUGUCGAAUGGUGGGAUUCGCAUUUGGGAGGUGCACGGGAAGAGUCACUCGGCGAGCAGCGGCGAGUCAUCGUCCCACGGAUCCAAUGUUAUCAUGUCAUACGCCACGGGAUGCCACAGACUCGUGCGCAUUCAGACGAACGCGAACAACACCUUCACCUGCAUUGGCAACAACAACUAAGAGGAUGGAAAAUCUGUAUUGCAUCACAAGAAAGUCGAAUAUUUAAUAAAUUAAUGUUCUGAA